CCUCUUAGGGUUUUUUGUUCUCUUGCCCUCGUCACUAUUCCUAUUUAACAUCCUCUUUCCACUACUAAGCUUUACCCCAUCUCAGCAUCACUCUCAUCUGCAGAGGGAGAGUGAAAGAGCGCGCUAGACUACUGCGGUGAAGAACAUGGCCGAGUCCAGUAAGCUCCAUGCUCUCUUCUUCAUUUUCUUGCUCUUCAUCUCCUCAGCCACUCCCAUUCUUGGCUGCGGUACUUGUGGCAAGCCUCCCCCAAAGCACAAACCUAAGCCUAAGACCCCCAAAGGCCCCAUCCCUCCCAUUCAUGUCAAGCCCCCAGUCGUUAAACCACCAGUCACAAUCCCACCCAUCGUCAAACCACCAGUUACAAUCCCUCCCAUCGUUAAACCACCAGUCACAAUUCCACCCAUAGUCAAACCACCAGUCACAAUCCCUCCCAUCGUCAAACCACCAGUUACAAUCCCUCCCAUUAUCCCACCCGUUGUUAAGCCACCGGUUACAAUCCCACCCAUUGUUAAGCCACCAGUUACAAUCCCACCCAUCGUCAAACCACCAGUUACAAUCCCACCCAUCGUCAAACCACCAGUUACAAUCCCUCCCAUUAUCCCACCCGUCGUCAAACCACCAGUUACAAUCCCUCCCAUUAUCCCACCCAUUGUUAAGCCACCGGUUACAAUCCCACCCAUUUUGAAACCGCCAGUGACCCUGCCUCCAAUAGUGCCACCUGGCAUAAUCCCUCCAGUCAUAGGAGGAGGGCCACCGGGUAAAAAACCUCCGAGUCCCGGGACACCUUGCCCUCCUCCUGCCGAGAGUCCGGGGGCCAAGGAUACUUGUCCCAUCGACACGAUUAAACUGGGUGCUUGUGUGGAUCUUCUUGGUGGGUUGGUGCACAUUGGGCAAGGUGACCCAGUUGUAAAUGAAUGCUGUCCAGUGCUGCAAGGGCUUGUUGAACUUGAGGCUGCCAUAUGUCUCUGCACAACUCUCAAAGUGAAGCUUCUUAACCUCAACAUCUUUGUCCCGAUUGCUCUUCAGCUCCUUGUCACCUGUGGCAAGUCACCUCCUCCUGGUUACACCUGCUCUCUCUAGAAGAAAUUAAGUUGCUAGGUUGAUGGAUAUCCAAGGAAAGCUAGGGAGGGAAUCGUCAUGAGAGGAUGUCGAGCUUCCCUUUGUUCCUUGUUAAUCUUUUCUUCUUUAAUUGGUAUUGAUGAGCUGAUGCUUUGGCUGUGAUCUUAUUAAUGUACACACCAUUUGUUUUAAAUUUGUUGCACGUGUGUUUUAUCUCAGGAAAGCAAUCAAACAUGCUUUUGAAUUAAUUUUAAAUGUUAUAUUCUUUUUCUUA